GGGGAUAGGGAGGUGGGGGGAGGGCACUGCUAGCUCCGGAGGCAUCCCGACGUUUGGGACAAGGUGAAGACUGUGCCGGACCUGGGAUUUUAUUUACUGAGCUGGAUUUGCAUGCUACACCAUGCCUUCUCGGAUCGGGGCUCUGCUUUUCUUUUUCACCGGGCUGCUGCUAUUACUUUCAGUCGAGGCGGAUGUUAAAGCUCGUAGCUGCAGUGAGGUCAGGCAAGCUUACAGUGCCAAAGGAUUCAGCCUGGUCAAUAUACCCUACCAGGAAAUAGCAGGGGAACAUUUAAGAAUCUGCCCUCAGGAAUACACAUGCUGCACUACAGAAAUGGAGGACAAGUUGAGCCAACAAAGCAAAUUGGAGUUUGAAAAUCUUGUGGAAGAGACAAGCCAUUUUGUGCGUACCACCUUUGUGUCAAGACACAAGAAAUUUGAUGAAUUUUUCCGAGAGCUCCUAGAGAAUGCAGAAAAAUCAUUAAAUGAUAUGUUUGUCCGAACAUAUGGAAUGCUUUACAUGCAGAAUUCUGAAGUAUUCCAGGAUCUCUUCACAGAGUUAAAACGAUAUUAUACUGGAGGUAAUGUGAACCUGGAGGAGAUGUUGAAUGACUUCUGGGCUCGGCUUUUAGAGAGAAUGUUCCAACUCAUAAACCCUCAGUAUCACUUCAGUGAGGACUACCUGGAGUGUGUUAGCAAAUACACAGACCAGCUGAAACCCUUUGGAGAUGUACCCAGGAAACUGAAGAUUCAAGUGACAAGGGCCUUCAUUGCUGCUCGGACCUUUGUUCAGGGACUGACCGUAGGGAGAGAAGUUGCAAACAGGGUUUCCAAGGUCAGUCCAACCCCAGGGUGCAUCCGAGCACUAAUGAAGAUGCUGUACUGCCCAUAUUGUCGAGGACUUCCCACUGUGAAACCUUGUAACAACUACUGCCUCAAUGUAAUGAAGGGAUGCUUGGCAAACCAGGCUGAUCUAGACACAGAAUGGAACCUGUUUAUAGAUGCCAUGCUUUUGGUAGCAGAGAGGCUAGAGGGGCCAUUCAACAUCGAAUCAGUAAUGGAUCCUAUCGAUGUCAAGAUUUCUGAAGCCAUCAUGAACAUGCAAGAAAACAGCAUGCAAGUAUCAGCAAAGGUCUUUCAGGGAUGUGGCCAGCCCAAGCCUGCUCCUGCUCUGAGGUCAUCCCGUUCAGCACCUGAAAAUUUUAAUACCCGCUUUAGGCCAUACAAUCCUGAGGAAAGGCCAACAACAGCUGCUGGUACAAGUUUGGAUAGGCUGGUUACAGAUAUAAAGGAGAAGCUGAAAUUGUCCAAAAAGUUCUGGUCUGCUUUACCCUACACCAUCUGCAAGGAUGAGAGAGUGACAGCUGGCACGUCAAAUGAAGAGGAAUGUUGGAAUGGGCACAGCAAAUCCAGAUACUUACCUGAGAUCAUGAAUGAUGGACUAACCAAUCAGAUCAAUAAUCCAGAAGUCGACGUAGACAUCACUAGACCAGACACUUUCAUAAGACAACAGAUCAUGGCCUUGCGAGUGAUGACCAACAAGUUAAAAAAUGCAUACAAUGGAAAUGAUGUGAAUUUCCAAGAUACAAGUGAUGAAACCAGUGGCUCAGGAAGUGGCAGCGGCUGUAUGGAUGACAUCUGCCCCACCGAAUUUGAUUUCGUUACCACCGAAGCACCCCCUGUUGAUUCAGAUAGGAGAGAAGUGGACUCUUCAGCCCACAAGCUCAGCCACUCACUCCUCACAUGGUCCAUCCUCUUCCUUGUAGUCUCACUGCAGAGACAGUGGAGAUAAUCCUGGAUUUUGGUCAGAUAAACUGAGUUUUAGCUAUAUGAACAGCCAACUUCUUUUUCUUACACUAUUGGACAAUGGACCAUGACACAAUACUUACAGUUUUCUAUGAGAAGAGAGCAGUACUGCAAUCUGCUUCCCUUUUUGUUUUCCCAAAGAGUACCGGGUGCCAGACUGAACCGCUUCCUAUUUCCUUCAGCUAUCUGUGUGGAGACCAUGUCUAUUCUUGAGUGAAUUCUUACUCAAAUCUUUCUUAUCAAGGGACUUUCUUACCUUCAUUUGCUUCUAUGCUGCAGAAGUAAAGGGAUCUCACAUUGUGGGGUUUUUAUUUCCUUUCAAAAAAGGGCAGGGAGGAGGUGGUAGGGGAGAGCAAGAUGAAAGAAAAUAAUUUUUCUUCAAAAAUCAGGCCAAAUCCCAAGACUGCUGCAUUUUCAACAAACAGGAGGCAAAGGAAGAUAGAGAAAAAAAAAGACCCUAAACUAUAUCAUUUUUAAACUGAUAGCCAGCCCUCUAACAUGGGCUUCUUUAUGAAAAUUCAGGUCUAUAAAAUGGUCAUUGGAAGAAAGGAAUUUUUUCUAAGGAAAAAAAAAGUUGAGAAAAUACAGUAUGUCUCAGUGGUGAAUGUCUUGCACUCUUGGCCACCAACAUUAUCUAAUUGGUUGGAAGGCAUGGAAACUGACAAUUAGAAAAUAAUCUUUAGUAGUAAACCAACACCACAAAGAGUUCAAUAUUUCCUAUUACUUCCAUUUAGGAUUCACCAUUAACCUGCCUAGUACAUAUUUCAAUAGUGAUACCAUUUCCCCUAAACUAUUUAGUCUUUUUUUCUUUGUUAUUCACUCAGCACAGGAGUUCUCCCUCCUUUGCACCACUUUUGACUAACCUGCCCUCUAAGAUUUGGACUGAAAAAUAAUAUCUAUUAAAAGAAUUUCUUCAUUUUUGCCAACAACCCAACAUUCAUUCAAUUUUUCUGCUCCUGUGCUUACUACCUUCCCAAAGUGACAGUUCUUUCAGUGAACUGAUAAGUAACUGGAUCCAUAUGCAAGUUUUCAUAUGUAAGACUUCCUUUGUGUCAGUUGGCUUCUGUAUCACAAGGGCAUUCAAUCACAAAACAAAUACAACAAAGAAGAUUAAAAAAAAAAAAACAGUAAUAGUAUUGACAUGGAGAUUUCUUUCACUUUUUUAGUCUUAGUAUGAUCAUCUAUUUUUAUAUAUAUAUUAUAUAUAUAAAUCACAGAUUUUAACUUCUUAACUACAAGCUCAGGGUUGACACACCUUUGUAACAAAAAUGUUUUGUCAACCAGCUCUUCUUGUCUUGUGCUGCUCAGAGAAGUGAUUUUUUUUUAAAUGACCUAUGAGCACUGAGAAUCAAGAAAGAGAACUUUUUAUGUAUCUAACUGUCAUUUUAUUAAAAGUUCACCAGAGGACACCCUCUUGCGCAUGAAUGUGAUUUGGCUUGGGGGUGCUCCAGAUCAGAUAGGGCAUAUGGGGAGAUCCAGGUUACUGCAGAAUUUGACUGGUGAUGACAAAUGUGUGCAUAAAGAAUGUUAUUCAUUGAAAAUUAUUGUUUUUUAGGAACAAGGUCUUUGGUCUAGAAUUCCUAUUGUGGUUUGGACCCAUUGGUUUAAUUAGGGGUGAGGAAAGGGAGUUCAAAGCCCUGGCCUAACCAUCUGCAUCAUGAAGACCAAAAUUAGAUCCUAUCAACCCCUCAAAGGAAAACAUGACAAAAAAAAAAAAUAAAGAUGAACAAUAAUACCCAGAGGACAGUUAGAAGUAGUUGGGGUGGGGGAAGUUCCAUAAAAAUAAUUGAUUAUCCAAGUGUUUCUUGGUUUAUAUGAUGAAUCUGGAGUUGGUAAAGUUAGUUUCAGAUCCUAUAAAGGAUUUCAAUCACAUUAAAAUUUACAAUAAUGACAUGUAAAUGGUAUUUUCAAUCUCAUUUUCUCAUCAAAAUUAUAAUUAGUUAUUGAUUUAGUCACCGCAUUUAAGUAGAAUACACACAGCACAAUAGUUUUAGGUACACUUAAGCACUUUUACAAAAAUAAAGUAUUUACAAACUACUGUUGAUAUAUUAUGCCUAAGAAAUAGGAAAUAUAGGUUUUUAAGAUUCUGUCUACCACCCUCCUAAUUGAAAUUUUUUGAAAACUCCAACGCAAAUUUCCUAUUGCAUACUUUUGGAAAAAAUCAUCCAUCUGACUUGCCAAACUUUGGCUUGGUAUCACCAAUUACGUAUACAGAGAGCUCUCUGCAGUGACCAAUACCUUAAAUUACCAACUUCCUUUAAGAAUCAGUAUUUUGUUUCUCCAAUAAUGAAGGUAUAAAGAAAAUGAUACCAAUCUGAUUUACCAGAAUAUUUGAGGAAGAGCUGGUUUAGGCAGCUCUGAACUCAAAUUCUUUUCUUUUACAGUAUUUCCUCCUUUUCCUUCUAUGAAGUGUAUCAAGGAGAUGCCUUUUUCCUCAUUUUCCCAAUACAAAUAUUAUAUAUUUAUAUGUAUGUGUGUAUAUAUAUACAUGUACAUGUAUUUAUAUAUAUUUUUUUAAAACCUUAUCCAUUCACAUCUGAUUAAUGACACUGAUUAGUUACAGCAAAUCAACUGUGAAAAAAAAAAGUACCAUAAUACAAAUCACCUUGGGUAGACAUGGUCACAACAUCACUUAAGUUGUACUUCUUGACUUCUCCCCUGCCAUCCUCUUAUGUCAUAUGAUUUUUCAUGUCCAUUUAAACAGAAAGGCUUUUAUUCCACUGUUGGCAUGACAUCAGCUUAAUCUAGAUUGCUACCCCCUUUUAGGAAAUCUUUGGAAAGUCUAUAAGUUGAGUUCUCUAGUUUCAGAAAUUAGUAUAGAAUAGUGGAGUACAGGAAGAAACUACAUGAUUUUCCAUAAUCUGUCAAACUGAUGUUCCCGAAAUGUUGUCCAUUUGUCUUUACUUCAUAACCUUUAUUCUAAAUAGGGAAGAAUCAGUUCCACUGGGCUCAUUGAAAUCUGGAACUAGGAAAUAAUGAGUGGUGCUCAUAAAUGCAAACAUUUAGAUUAUUUAAAGUGCCUCUAUUUUACAUGUUCUUUAGUUAUAAUAUGUAUUUUUCUAACAGUAAUACACAUAUAUAAUAGGUGUAUAUUAAACUAUGUAUAUGUUAUAGCUAAAGACUAAAUGGAGUUUUGUCUUUAGCAGAGAAGAACAAUUAGCAAAUUCAUAAAUUAGAGUUUGUUUAUAAUUCUGUUUUGAAGGGUAAUGAUUUGUUCUUUUACUUAAUAUUCUAUACUUUGAAUACAAGGAUCAGUUAAAGCCUGCUUUGAAAUAUAAGGGAUGUGAAAUUCUAAUGUAUUUGUGGAAUUCAGACAUAUUAUCUAUCAUUCACUGACAAACUAACAGUUGUAAUGAAGACAAAAAUCAUUUCAUCUGAACAAAAAUGUGAUUUUAUUUUGAUGAUGUCAAUGUUAAAAUAGCCCUAACUGAUGAUUUUGAAUUGACAUUUCCUAUUGUAAACAUUGGCCCACAUUUGAUCUUUACCUGUUAUAAGUAGCUAUAUCAUGGCUACAGACUAAACAUUAGCUAAAAUCUAUAACGAGGAAGAACAAUUAACAAUUGUGGAUCUGUUUAUAUUUAUAUUUGCAAAGUUUAAAAGGUUUUUUUUUUUAAAGUAAGGGGGUAGCUUAACUUGGUUCCUUGUUAUAAAAUAGAAAAUUAGUAAUAGUUCAUACAAAUUUUGCUCUUACUUAAAUGCUUUCCUUUGGCAAUAGAAACAUAACUAAUAUUAUAUUGAUUUGCUAAUUGUUCUUUCCUGUUAUAGAUAUUAGUCACUGUUUAGUUUUAGACUGAGACAUAUAUAUGUGAUAUAAAACUGUAUGUACACUGGAGCCUUGCUAUAACAUGGCGUGCUAUAGCACAAAACUCAGUCUAACAAUGUUAUCUUUAGCCUUGUCCAAGGUGGGAAGAAGAGGAUGUAUUUCUUACUGAAAGGACCUUGUAACAACUCAUUUUAAUGGCAUGAUCCCCACAAAUGGCAUUAUAGUGAGGCUUCAGUGUGUGUAUACAUAAAAUAUAUGCAUUAUGUAUGUGUACACAGGUCCUUUCCUAACUUUUUAUGUGGCUGUCAAUUACUAUGCGGGUUAUGAUUUUGCAUUUCUAAUUUGGAUAGAAAGUUGCCAUUAAGCUUGUAUGAAAAUAGUAAAAAAAAAAAAAAAAAAUCUCAUAGUUGUUUCCACUAACCUUUAUGUAUUUUUUUCUUAAUUCCUAUAUGGUUUAAGGUUGAGAGGCUUUAGAAGCCAUAGUAAAAAAAGAAAAAAAAAAUGGGGCAAUUGAUUAUCUACCACUGUGACAAUUUGAAUGCAUUUAGUUUGGGAAAUCAUUGACUUUAUCCUUACCCCUAGACUCCUUAGGCCAAUCCAAUGUAUAUGGUUUAAACAAUGAAAUGGAAAAUCCUGUCUCAGUCUCACUUCUAAAUUCUUUUCUCCUUCCAGAUAAAAUGUAGAGCCCUAAGAAAGAAUGUUAAUAUUAUUUGAGAUCAGAAAUGGGAAAAUAAUAUGUGGGUGGGAGGAAUGAGGAGUAAAGGACAACAAUUUUCUAAAACAAAAAAAUAGCAUUGAUUUUUAGAUUGCUAAGAUGAUAUGACUAUGCUCAUAGGCAGGUUUAAAUGACCUGUUAAACAUAUCACAAGCUAUUAAUUUCAAAUAGCUCACUUCUUAAUACAGUUAACAAUGAUUUCUUUACUGAAAAUAUAGUACCAUUUCAAAAAUAUUUUAGUAAAAAAUUAUAAAAUCCCCCAAAGUAUAGCAUUUACCUGUAAGCAACACUAUAAUUUAAACUCACAACAUUAAUCUCUGUUUUAUCCAGAAAGAUAAUCAUUGAAAAACAAAUUAAGGCAACUUUAGAAUAACUGAGAAAUCUGGAUAUAAAUUUCUUUCAGGAAAGAAAGCUAAUUGCCUAAGAAGGAAAAAAGGAUCCACAUGGUGGUUAUUGACAGUAAUUCCCAGUUUUAAAAAAAUCAUGAAGCUAAAUGUGCACUUUGGUUUUUCUGAAGAAUUAAAAGGGGGUACCACAACAUAGCCCACACUCAUACAAGAGAAGGUCCUCUGCUUUGACCGUUUCCAUAUUGGUGCUGAUCAGACAAUGAAUGAUACAUACACAGAAGGACAAGAGGCAUAAAAACAGAUAAUUGAGCAUUCUACUACAAUGCAACUAUUUACUAAGAAUGAACACAUUUCCAUUCAAUAUUUACUUCUAUUUAAGAGUCUAAUCACAUGGGCAAUUUCUAGACAUGACAGAAAGCUAUAAAAGAUCUGCCUCUACAUUUCAAAUACUGCUGCCCUCCUUAUCUUCUUUGUUCACCUUGAAACAUAAGGCAGAGCAAGAAAGUGCUUAUGAAUGUCCCAGAUUAAAGUGAAGUAGAAAUGAGAUUCAAAUUCAGCUUCUUGGAAAUCAAGUCCAAUCCAACAAUCAUUUAUUGAGGAACUACUUUAUUGCAGGUUACUAUAUCAGGAACUGAGAGAUGUAAAGGAAAACAAAAAUAAGGAUAUUUUGUUGUUCCAAAGAAAAUAUCACAUGUUAAAUAUAAAAAAACAAAAGAAAACAUAAAGGAAAUAUUUCUUUUAAACCAUCUUUCCUUUAAUGAGUACUAAUAUAGAUAUAAUUUAAUCAAUUGCAUGGCUCUGCCACUAUACCCAUUUAUAAGAACCUAUUCCAUCAUUUGAAAAAGGAGUGGAGAGGCAGCUAGGUGUGUGCAGUGGAUAGAGCACCAGCUUGAAGUCGGGAUGACCUGAGUUCAAAUCUAGUCUUAGAGUCAGACACUUACCACUUCCUAGCUGUGUAACCCUGGGCAAGUCACUUAACCCCAAUUGCCUCAGAAAAAAAAAAAAAGAAUAAAUAAAUAAUUUUUUAAAAAAGAAGAGUGGAGCCAGAAUCUUGCAAAAAAGAAAAUCCAGCUUUUGCAUAUCUCCUCUCACUUCUUUAACAUAUAGAGAAUCCAAAUACUUUUGAGCCCCAGUUACCUUUUGAAAGAACAGGGUUGAUGAAGCAGUUGAGGUACUAGAAGAUAAGAUUUUCAUCUUCCUUAAAGUCUGAGUUGUCUUAAGAAAUUUAUUUGAGAUUGUUAAAUCAGGGAUUGAUGAGGGAAGCAAAUCCAGCAGUUUAUUCAUCUUAUAACAGAGAUGCCCAGAAAAUGUAUCUAGAGUUUAAAAUGCCACUUAAUUGGUUGUUGUUUUCAAAGCACUUGAACAUGUAAGGCUUAUCUAAUUAAAUAUGGUGUUCUGGUUGCCAUGAGCAUCUAAAGAUAUGUAACUCUCAAAUCAAUGGAGUUCCCUGUUUUGAUUUUACAGCAAUUGUAAACUAAGAACUGGAAGUCAGGUCACUGAGCCAGGCAAUUUUAUGUAAUCUUUAUAAGGAGAAAUUUGGAAAUCUGAAUCAUAGAUACAGACUAUUACUAAUGGUUUAUUCAUAUGGAAUUACUGAAAAAGUAUUUCAAAUUGCCUUCGGAAGUCAUAGAAUUUGGAGGUAAAUGGGACUUUAGAGAUCAUCUGUUCUAAUCUCCUUCCAAUUAAUUUUUAUAGAUAAAGAAACUGAGUUCUAAGGGACUGAAACAUUGCCCAAGAACCUCAGACUUGAAACCAGCUUCUCUGAUUCCAAAUCCAGUGUGGUUUGUUGCUCUUUCCAGUAAACCAUCCUGUAACAUGAUAAAGUUAUCUUAUUUGAAAUAAGGAUUUCUGAGUUUUCUUUAAUUUCAUGGCAUUUGUUGUUUUCAAAUUAAAUGCAUGGAAGAGAGUUUUUUUUUUUUUAAACUCAGGAAUGAUCAUUUCCUUUUCAUUCAGUUCAGUGACGUUCUAACUGCAAACUCAUUUAAAAAGUUGAGAUCUGAUCAACUAUCUGUCAGUAUGACCCCCCAAAAUUAGUUUUGCUUUAUUUUUAUUCACUGCCAUGACCAACAUAAAACAGAUCUAGACACCUAAAGAAACAGUUUCAAGAGUCUUUUAUGACUUGUUCAAUCUUGCCUUAAUGACAGUUUGAUUCCAAGUUAAAAUGAAGAUCAGGGCAUGGACAAUUAGUUUUUAGUUUGUAGACUUAGAAAUGAAAGGACACUUGGAGACUUUCUGCUCCAACUCCCUCUUGAGACAGAUGAGAAAACAGAUGAGAUCCAGAGAAAUUAACUGACUUGUUCAAAGUCACCCAAGUACAUGGACCUUUCCUCUAGACUAAACUUUGGAAAGCAGGUGCCAUUUCAGAUUACAUGCUGAAUCUGUUUCUUCUGAGACCAUUGAGUUUUGAGUAUGUCUUCUUCACAAUAAGACACAAUUUCAAUAUCCUCUUAACAGUUAUGACUUCCAUUUUGGCUUUGAGGCUAGGUGGUCCAGUCACAAAAGAAAGCCCCAUCUUUCUAAUUUCUUGAAACUGCACUAAAUGUUUGGCUCUGUGACAGCUUUCUUAGAAUACCUCGACUCAACUACUCCAAAUAUAUCUUUGUAUUGCCAUAGUGUUACAUGAGCCUGGCACACAGUAGGCACUUAAUGCUUUUUGAUUAAUUGGUUUAAAACACAUCCCAUCUACUGUUGAAUUCCACCACACACGAGCACAUAUACAAAUUAGUUAAAACAAUCAAGGAAUCAGAGACUUGGCAGCAAAAACAGUCUAAUGAAAAAUUUAACUUAGCAAAUUCACAAAAACAAAUGCAAACUAAAUUUCUAUUCCUUUUUCUUUGCUACAGAAGAAACUUCAGACAUUGUUUAAACCUCUUAUUUCUUUAAAGUGGGCCCCCAAAGCCAUAGAGAUUUUAGCAUAAACCAAUCUCUCAGCAUCCCAAUUCUGAAUUAUAAAAACAUCAGACUAACAGGUAUAACUAAAUGAACCCUCUAGGAAUGAAUUCCCUUAUAUCUCUGAUAAUAGACUGACAAUCUGAAAGUCAUCUAAUUCACCUUCUGCUCUGAUUUGGGGUUUAGGGUUUUUUUUUUUUUUGUCUUAACUUAAAAUUUCACUAGGGUAUUUUUUAACUCUAAAUGAAGAAAUUCUCUCUUCUAAUGCAAUUUGACAACUAUUCUGCAACUUGCAGUCUUAAAGAUAAGUGCCUGAGGCACUGAGAAGUUAGUUAGUUGUGUAGUUUGCACAGUCACACAGACAGUAUUUGAACACAGAUUUCCUUGACUAAAGUGGAAAAAAAAUUUUUUUCACCAAUGUGAAAAAUUAGAAGUGCCCAAAUUAUAUUAAGCCAAAGAAGUUACAUCUAAACAUAGCUUUGUUAAGAGUUUUAAUGACACAAAAGUGAUUAUUAUCAUUAUUUGUAUUGCCAUUUCAUAUCAAUUAGCAACUUAAAGCUGUUUUUGCUAGUUAGAAUUCUCAUCUGAUUAAUAUGUCAAAAUUUAUGGGUGAUGCACACAUUAAUCUUUAAGAAGCAUAUUUUUCCUUCAAAUAGUAGAAAAGAAAGCUUCAUAAAAUUACAAAAUAUUCUAAGCCUUUGGAUUUAGGAAUAUUCCUCAUAGAAAAAAAUUAAGAUGACUUCUCCCCAUAUCCCCAGUAGACACAUAUACAUAUACAUGUCCCUUUCAGAUUCUCCAUACUAUUCUCUGAAAUAUUCUUCCAACUUGUUCUUUCAUGUCAUGGGGAGUUUCACUGAAAGUAACAUUAAGUUAUGCAUUAUUAAAAGAUUCAGAUUUUUUUGCAUUAUUUUCUCAAGUUGGAAAAUCCUUGAAACUCACAGGCCAAAAAAAGUCCUAUUUAUAUUUGACAGUACAAUGGCAAUCAAUGAAAACUUAAGAGGGAAAUAGAACAAAAUUCUCUGAGAUCAUUUUACAGAUGAUGAAACUAAGGACCAAAGAAGUUAAAUGAGAUGCCAAAGAUGACAACUUUUAGUAGUGGCAGAAUUAGUAUCAGAAUACAUACAUAUAUAGAACUAUACAACAUAUAUCACCCACAUUUUAAUAAAUUUCUGAAUUGGAUGGGAAUUCUCAAAUGUUGUGGAAAAACUUUGAGUUUGGUAAACUAAAAGAAUGCAGCAGCUCUUCAUCAUUAGUUUUAUGUCUAUAGACUGCAUUUUUGAGAUUGCUUUGAAGACAUUGUUUUGAGAAUGUUCAAGGAACUAUGGGGAAAGUUCAAUCAAUGGAAAAAUUCUGCCAAUGAAAUAGCCAUUUGGCCUAAGUUUUGCAUUUCACUUUAUGUUAUGUAGACAUGGUUUUAAAGUUCUUUGAUUAUAACAUUAGAGCUUAAAUUAUUAAAAAUAGGCAACACUUCCUUCUACUCUUAUGCCAAAAAGAUAUGUUUCCUAGCUUUCUUUCUGAUCUCUACAACUGAGCCAGGUAUUUUUUUAAUCCCUGCACAUCAUGAAAGCCCUUGAGGACUUGUUCAAUAAAACAUUGGUGAAAUUCCAGAAGCCACACACUCCACCAAUCAUUACUACCAGCUUCAUAGGAAGUGUCUCCAUUUUUGGAGUAUUAUCCCACUCAGAUUUAUUGUUCUGCCAUCUUUGUCCAGAUGUAAUCUUUAGUCAAAUUAGUAAUAAAAUGGCUAAAAUUAGCAAACUUCUCCAUUCACCAAGAGUAAACUCCAGCUAUUUCCACAGUCAAUUUAUACUCAAAUAAAUAUAUUUGCUACCUUAUGUAAGGGGGGGGUUGAAGAGUUCCACCCCAACUUUAAUUAUUCUAUGUGCCCAUCUAUGAAAAAUAACCAGCCCAACGCCAUGUAUUCUGUAACUAGCCUUCCUAUUUAACUUUCCUCUACUUAUCUACUAUAUUUGAAGAAUUUGUGAAAUCAAAAACUUGAGAAAUAAUUCUGACCUUGUCAAGUAUAUAAUCCUAACCACAAAUUUCUUGCUCCAUCCUUUAGUACUCUAUAGCUUCAAAUGUAUCAAGUACUCAUUUUUAUUCCAGUCUCCUCUUUAUGUAAUUUUGCUAGACUCUCCCAAAGGACAGACGCAUACAUGAUAAUUACCAUACCCUGAGCAGUUAGUUGCUAAAUCUGUUUCUUUUGCUGUCACUGAAUAGAUGUGCUUUAGAUUCAUUUAAGUAUGUCUUCUUCACCUUGCCAAUCUCAAUGUCCUUUAACAGUUAUGACCUCCAUUUUGACUUUGUGGCUAAAUGGUCCAAUUCUGUAAGAAAAACCCAUGUUUUUUACUUUCUGAUAUCAAGCUAAAUAUCUUACAUGGCCCUGUGAGAGUUUUCCUAACUCAACUAAUCCAAAGUUGCCAAGGCUUGAGGUAAAAGAUAGCUCUUACUAAUCCCCAACAAAUUAAAGAACAUGGUAGAGAGGUGGAAGUGAUAGUCAGACUGCUAGAGCAAGAAGGACACGACACUAAGACUUUCAGUUCAUCAGAGGAUCCAAUAGGCUCUUCAUUUGCCUGUUCCUAAAAGAUGCAUUCUCCUCCUGGAAAAGAAUGGGGUUGUCUUAGUCUAGAAAUGACUGGAUCAACAGGGCUAGAGUAUGUUGUUAAAAAAAAAAAAAAAGCUCCAUAUUCUGGAUGCUCAUGAAUUCAAUUGAAUUCAAUUUAAAAAGUAUUUGACAGGUACCUACUCUAUGCACAAUGCUGUGCUAGAUCUAGACAAAAUAUUUAAAGAUGUUCUUUAGCAUGAAAUGAGAAGGGGUAAGGUCAUUUUUUUUUCUUGGAAAUAAUAAGAAUGUGUGGUAUACUGUAAACAAAGUAUAUAAAACCAGCAAAUGACCGUCUGUUUUCAUAUAUACUAUGACUUCAUCAUGACUUUAAAAAGUGGUAUUACCUGUCCUGUCUCCAGAAAGGAAAAAUGUUCAUGAAGUUUCCAAAAUCUGUGUAUAGUCUCUGUGUUCAUGCUAGGACAAUUGAUCAAAUGAGGCCCUGUUUUUUCUCAACUCCACAUGCUCUGAAAAAUCAAACAGGGCAAAAUAUUGAUUACCAGAGCUCUUGUUCAAUUUUAAAAUCUUGAUGAUAUCCAAACAUAAACCAUAGGAGCUUUGCUCUGACUAUUUAUGGUAUUAUCUGACCCUUUGACUGCUUUAUAAUCAUACUCCUCCUAUCUAUUAUCCAGUAUAUAGGAGCCUGAACUCUAUUAUCUAGAUCUCCACCAUAAAUCUCUCCAACUACUGAGUUUUCUUAAUCACAAUUCUUUUCUUAGCUAGCACAGCAUCAGAAAGUUUGGAUGGAAAAGAACAGGGACAAAGUUAGGGGAGGGGGACAAAGAAGCAUUCUCAUUUCCUAAGGAAAAUAGGAAGAUGGUGUUUAACAUUUCCUAAAUGCUCUCCAUUGGAUCUACUGCCCAUUUACCUCUUCAUUUAUCUCUAACUCAUUAUUAACUUGGAUGGAAUAAGGCAACUCCAGAAGCCGUGAUCAUUAAUGUAAAUACCAUUUGUUCCUAGAAGACUUGCUUUUGCUGCUAUGUUUUUCAUACUUGUUGAAUUCAUUGAUAUUUCAUGCCAAAUACUUUAUAGACAGCAUUUGGAAAUCACAAAGCAGCUAGACCAUGAAAGGCUAUGCUCCCAUCCAUCAGGAAAUGGAGUCUUACUGCAGGGAUGUUUUGUAUUUGCUUUACAUUCAUUAUGAGUUUCUAGCUGAGCCUGCUUUUCUCCUCAAAUAUUGAAGACAGAGAGAACUAAUGACAUUCUGCUAACACAGACUCAUGCUGGUAAUUUUACAUCUUCUGAAAGGAUUGCAUAGAUGCCAUUAAAAGAAUUGCAUUUGACAGCUGGGGCCAUCAGGCCAGAUGUGCUAUCGGGUUAUUAGACAAAGGAGGUCCUCAAAGACUUUUUAGGUAAAAUUUGAAAAGUCAUUACUUUAUAAGAUUGUCUAACUAGAUGUCCCAUAAAUGCUUAAAACACAUAGGAGACGUGCAAUCAGAUUGAGAAAAUGUAAGUAAAUGGAGAAGACAAUAACAAACAUGUUCCCAAACCCAAAUUGUUGUUAUUCUGCCUACCUUUUAUCAGCAAAGUUGCUGAUCCAAAUUUACCAGACAUUUGGUUUUUCUUUUUCUUCCUAUGUAAUACAUAUAUAUUGAUGAACAUUAGUUCUCCAUUAACAAUAGUGUUAGGCAAAAAAAAAAAAAAAAGAUUCAGUUACAUCAUUAUACACCCACUUAUCUUAUGAUAUGGGUCAUCAAGGAUGAGAAAAAUUUUAAUUGGUGGUAAUUCUUUGGAGCCAAAUUAGUAGUUACCUGGGGGUUCUUUUUUUCAGAGUACUUUGGUUUUAUUAAAAUAUCACAUCACUAAAUUGUUCUCAAUUCUGGGGGGAAAAAAAGCCUAAAACACUUUGGAGGCUCUAUUAAAAAAAUUCUCAUUAUCAACAAAUCUUUGAAAAACCUCUUUAGCGUCUGUUGAAAUAUGCCCCCCCCCCAUGCCGAAAAGUGGUAAGGAGAAAUCCUGGGACUUUUCUUAAUUAAGCAAUAAGAUAUGGCGGAGGGGGGUGUAAUGCUGAGAUGUCAUACAUCUGAAGCAUUAAAAAGCUGAAUACAGUUAAAUACCUCUAAAUCCUUAGGUAUCUGAUUCUCCGCCAAACGUGCCUUAUUGCUGUUAUAAAAAGUCUUUUCAUAUUUCUAAGUAGGAUGUUCCAAAUAGGCAAAGGCCCAGUUGGAUGGGGUGUCUUGGUUUGGAAACUAAUGUGACAAAAGCUAUAAUUUUCUCUCUUCCUACACCCUAUUAUCAUUUAGGGAUGGUGAGAGGGAAGUGGUGAGCUUAUACCACAUAUUAUAUUUUAAUUCCUGCACCAGUAAAUAAGACAAAAGUCUGUGUAACCCCCAAGAUCAUCCCUACUACUGUGGAUAUCAGAAUGAAUAACAUUUAAUUCUGGAAAUCUGCCAAUAGUGGUCUGGGCAACCUAUUCUGGCUAUUUAAAAAUUUAUACAUUUUUCUUAAAAAACCUUUCUAGCAAAUUUUUGCAGCUUACCAGUUGCUGGGACUAAUAAUGCUACUACAAGUGUUAAUGCAGUACCAUUUCCCCACUCUCAUCCCCAACAUCAGAUAGCAGUUGAUCAGUCAAUGAAUGAUGAUGAGUUGAUUAAGGGGCAUUCCUUGACACUGUUGCUAUGAUAUUCAGUACUGUAUGUAGAGACUUGACACCUCAGCGAUGAAGACUUUAACAUGCCUUAUUUGUCCUAGUUACUUUUUUACAGUAUGAUGACUUAAUAAUAAGAGUUAUUAGCUGCUUCUUCAUUAUAAAUAAACUAUAUCUGCUCUGCCAUGCAAACUAUCCAAUUCAUUUUUUGAAGAACCAUGUUAGACCAUUCUGGUCACAUCACCAACUCACCUAAUUUUUAUUCUUUCACUUUCGUUUGAUUUGUAUUCCAUGAAGGAAGGUAUUCCAGUGGUUUUGGGGGAAAAAAGGAUUUGGAACCCUCUGAUGGACUACAAUAAAUACUUUAAUUAAGUACA